AUGGCGGCGGCGGCGGCGGUCGGGCGGGACACUCUACCUGAGCACUGGUCCUACGGCGUGUGCCGGGACGGCCGCGUCUUCUUCAUCAAUGACCAGCUCCGCCGCACGACCUGGCUGCACCCGCGCACCGGGGAGCCCGUCAACUCCGGCCACAUGAUCCGCUCAGACCUGCCCCGCGGCUGGGAGGAGGGCUUCACGGAGGAGGGCGCCAGCUACUUCAUCGACCAUAACCAGCAGACCACAGCGUUCAGGCAUCCUGUGAGUGGGCAGUUUUCUCCAGAAAACAGUGACUUUAUUCUUCAAGAAGAGCCAAAUCCACAUAUGUCGAAGCAAGAGAGAAACCAAAGGCCGUCCAGCAUGGUCAGCGAAACGUCCACAACUGGGACCACAUCCACCGUGGAGGCCAAACCGGGCCCCAAGAUCAUCAAGUCCAGCAAUAAAGUCCACAGUUUCGGGAAGAGGGACCAAGCCAUUCGGAGGAACCCCAAUGUUCCGGUGGUGGUGAGGGGCUGGCUGCACAAGCAGGACAGUUCUGGAAUGAGGCUGUGGAAAAGGAGGUGGUUUGUGCUUGCUGAUUAUUGCUUGUUUUACUAUAAAGACAGCCGAGAAGAAGUGGUCCUUGGGAGCAUUCCUCUGCCCAGCUACGUCAUAUCGCCGGUGGGCCCUGAGGACCGCAUAAGUCGCAAGUAUUCCUUUAAGGCUGUGCACCUGGGGAUGCGAGCGCUCAUCUAUCACACCUCCGCCGGGGGCUCUCAGGCCGAGCAGUCGGGCAUGAGGACCUACUACUUCAGUGCCGACACCCAGGAGGACAUGAACGCCUGGGUCAGGGCCAUGAACCAGGCUGCGCAGGUGCUGUCUCGGUCGUCACUGAAGAGGGACCUGGAGAAGCUGGAGCGGCAGGCGGUCCCCCAGGUUAACCACGCAGAGUCCUGUCAAGAGUGUGGCCGCGUGGGAUCCGGACAUGCGAGGGAUUGUCCUCAUCGCCGCCACGAGGACUCCUACAGCUACGAGAGGCGGGAGCAAGAGGAAGAACGGUACCGUUCCCACCCCUCCGAGGGCAGGAGGGACAGGAGCAAGACCAGGUCCCCGUACUCACCAGCUGAGGAGGAUGCCUUAUUCGUGGAUUUGCCCAGUGGCCUGAGAGGCCAGCAGGCCCAGCCCCAGAGGGCAGAGAAGAAUGGCAUCACAUAUGGCCCAGGAGAGCAGAAUGGGACUGGCGGAUACCAGCGGGCCUUUCCUCCCAGGACCAACCAUGAAAAGCACAGCCAGAGGAAGGGCAGCCUGGCCCCCGUGGAGCACUGGGCAAAGUCCCAGAAGGCGGAUGGCAGGAGCCUCCCCCCGGACCAGACCCUUCCUCGCCACGGCCCCAGCCAGCCCCUGUCCUUCCCGGAAAACUACCAGACGCUUCCCAGGAGCACCCGUCACCCCUCCGGCAGCUCCUCGCCUCCUCCCCGCAACCUGCCGAGCGACUACAAGUACGCGCAGGACCGAGCCAGCCACCUGAAGAUGUCGAGCGAGGAGCGCCGGGCACACCGCGACGGCACCGUGUGGCAGCUCUACGAGUGGCAGCAGCGCCAGCAGUUCCGGCACGGCAGCCCCACGGCGCCCAUCUCCCCGGAGUUCCCCGAGCAGGGCCGGAGCCGGAGCAUGCUGGAGGUGCCGCGCUCUAUCUCCGUGCCUCCAUCUCCCUCGGACAUCCCUCCCCCGGGGCCCCCGCGGGCCUUCCCACCCCGGCGGCCACACACACCAGCAGAGAGGGUCACCGUGAGGCCACCGGACCAGAGGAGGAGUGUGGACAUCUCGUUGGGCAGUUCUCCCAGGAAGACAUGGGGCCAUACCACCAAGAACUCCUCUCACGUGGACCGACGCUCCAUGCCCUCCAUGGGUUACAUGACCCACACUGUCAGCGCUCCCAGUUUACACGGAAAAUCGCUGGAGGAGCUCUCGCUGCUUCUCACCCGGUUACGGCGGCACCAGGCCAAGUUGGCCAGUGUGCGAGAUUUCGCCGUGGGCCACUUACUGCAGCACCAGCUGACCUUUCCCACCUGCCAGGCCGAUGAUACCUACCUCCAGCUGAAGAAAGACCUGGAAUACCUGGACCUAAAGAUGACAGGCCGGGACCUUCUCAAGGAUCGAAGCCUGAAACCAAUGAAGAUUGCCGAGAGCGACAUUGACGUCAAACUGAGCAUCUUCUGUGAACAAGACAGGAUCCUCCAGGACUUGGAAGACAAGAUACGCGCCCUCAAGGAGAACAAGGACCAGCUGGAGUCCGUGCUGGAGGUGCUGCACAGACAGAUGGAGCAGUACCGAGACCAGCCCCAGCACCUGGACAAGAUCGCCUGCCAGCAGAGGUUGCUGCAGGAGGACCUGGUCCACAUCCGGGCGGAGCUCUGCAGAGAGUCCACUGAGAUGGAAAAUGCCUGGAACGAAUACCUGAAGCUGGAGAGCGACGUGGCGCAGCUGAAGCAGACCCUGCAGGAGCAGCACCGAAGGGCCUUCUUUUUCCAGGAGAAAUCGCAGAUACAGAAGGAUCUCUGGAGGAUUGAGGAUGUCACUGCAGGCCUGAGUGCGAACAAGGAGAACUUCAGAAUCCUGGUGGAAUCGGUCAAAAAUCCUGAGAGAAAAACAGUGCCUUUGUUUCCUCACCCGCCUGUGCCUUCACUCUCGACUUCUGAGAGCAAGCCACCCCCGCAGCCCAGCCCUCCCACCAGCCCUGUGCGGACCCCUCUGGAGGUUCGGCUCUUCCCUCAGCUGCAAACCUACCUGCCCUACCGACCUCACCCGCCCCAGCUGAGGAAGGUGACGUCUCCUCUUCAGUCACCAACCAAGACGAAGCCCAAAGUUGAAGACGAGGCACCUCCCAGGCCCCCGCUCCCUGAGCUCUACAGCCCGGAGGACCAGCCCCCGGCCGUGCCGCCUCUGCCCAGGGAGGCCACCGUCAUCCGGCACACUUCCGUGCGGGGCCUCAAGCGGCAGUCGGACGAGAGGAAGCGAGAUCGGGAGCAGGGGCAGUGUGUGAACGGGGACUCGAGGGUGGAGCUCCGGUCCUACGUUAGUGAGCCCGAGCUGUCGACUUUCGGCGGGGACGUGGCUCAGCCUCCCCUGGGGCCCGUGGGCUCUGAGAGCAGGUACCAGACGCUGCCCAGCAGAGGGCUCUCGGGGUCCACAUCAAGGCUCCAGCAGUCGUCCACCAUUGCGCCCUACGUCACCCUCCGGAGGGGUCCGAAUGCCGAAAGCAGCAAGCUGACCUUCCCUAGACCCAAGAGUGCCUUGGAGCGUCUGUACUCAGGGGACCACCAGCGGGGCAAGAUGAGUGCGGAGGAGCAGCUGGAGCGCAUGAAGCGGCACCAGAAGGCCCUGGUCCGGGAGCGCAAGAAGACGCUGAGCCAAGGAGAGAGGACGAGCCUGCCCUCGUCUCGCUACCUCAGCCACCCGCUCCCUGGAGAUCUUGGCUCAUGGAAGCGCGAGCAGGACUUUGACCUGCAGUUGCUGGACCGCGCCGUGCAAGGGGAGAGGAAGGACGAGGAGGAGAAUGGCUGGUUGAAAGUGCAGGCCGUGCCUGUCACUGAGUUGGACCUGGAGCCGCAAGACUAUGACUUGGACAUCAGCAGAGAGCUGUCCAAACCAGAGAAGGUCUCCAUCCCGGAGCGUUACGUGGAUCUGGAUCCUGAGGAGCCGCCCAGCCUGGAGGAGCUGCAGGCCCGGUAUCGCAAAGCCGAGAAGAUCCGCAGCAUCCUCACCCGGUCCAGCAUGUGCAACCUGCAGCCCGCCCCGGGCCAGGACCGGAGGAACAGCGUGGCCGACCUGGACUCGCAGAUGCAGGAGCAGGAGCGCAUCAUCAACAUCUCCUACGCCCUGGCCUCCGAGGCCUCCCAGCGCAGCAAGCAGGUGGCAGCGCAGCAGCUGGCCCUCCUCCCGCCUAAAGGCCCCCUGUCCUCCAGGACGGUGCCACCCUACCCCCCCCUAAGCAGCGGACUUCACUACACCUUUGUCUAACACC